UGAGAAAACAAGCGAUAAGUAGGAGUGGGUUUUUGAGCGGAAGCAAGUACAACGGCAACGAUGGCAACGAUGUCGUCUCAGGGUUACUAUCAGCCAACUACGGUGGAGGAAGUCAGAACUCUCUGGAUAGGUGAUUUGCAGUAUUGGGUCGACGAGUCCUACCUGCAUACCUGCUUUGCUCACACUGGCGAGGUAGUAUCAAUAAAGAUUAUACGUAACAAGAUCACUGGCCAGCCCGAGGGUUAUGGGUUUGUUGAGUUUGUUUCCCAUGCAGCAGCUGAAAGGAUUCUACAGGCUUACAAUGGGACUCAAAUGCCUGGAACUGAACAAACUUUCAGGUUAAAUUGGGCUUCUUUUGGUAUUGGGGAAAAGCGUCCUGAUGCUGGGCCUGAACAUUCUAUUUUUGUGGGAGAUUUAGCACCUGAUGUUACUGAUUAUCUGUUGCAAGAGACCUUUCGAGUUCAAUAUCCAUCUGUUAGAGGUGCCAAGGUUGUGACUGAUCCAAAUACUGGACGCUCAAAGGGAUAUGGAUUUGUUAAGUUUUCUGAUGAGGCUGAAAGGAAUCGUGCUAUGACUGAAAUGAAUGGUGUGUAUUGCUCAACUAGGCCGAUGCGCAUUAGUGCAGCUACACCGAAGAAGACCACUAGUGUUCAACCAUAUACUGCAGCUAAAGCAGCAGCAUACCCAGUGCCAGUGUAUACAACGCCAGUGCCCAUGCUUCCAGCAGAUUAUGAUGCUAAUAAUACUACAAUUUUUGUCGGUAACUUGGAUCCCAAUGUCUCGGAAGAGGAGCUGAAGCAAACCUUUUUGCAGUUUGGGGAAAUUGUCUAUGUCAAGAUACCUGUGGGCAAAGGAUGUGGAUUUGUACAGUUUGGGACAAGAGCAUCUGCUGAAGAUGCAAUCCAAAAGAUGCAGGGGAAGAUGAUUGGUCAACAAAUUGUCCGCAUUUCUUGGGGUAGGAGUCCGACUGCUAAACAGGAGAUUCCCGGUAGCUGGGGUCAGCAAGUAGAUCCGAGUCAAUGGAGUGCUUAUUAUGGUUAUGGACAAGGCUAUGAUGCCUAUACUUAUGGGGCUACAAAUGAUCCUUCAUUAUAUGCGUACAGUUCAUAUGCUGGUUAUGCACAAUACCCUCAGACUGUUGAUGGUGUUCAAGAUAUGGCUGCUAUGGCAGGUGCUGUGCCUGCUGUCGAACAAAGAGAGGAGUUAUAUGAUCCAUUGGCUACGCCUGAUGUUGAUAAGUUAAAUGCUGCGUACCUCUCUAUUCAUGGAAGUGCCAUUUUAGGGCGGCCCUUAUGGCUGAAAACCUCAUCACUGUCACAGCAAGGGUAGACAUCUUUGGCAUAACCUGCUUCACAUUCUGAAUUUAUUCCAUGUUUUCUGGAGCUCUAGCAGAUAGAGGUGUACGUACUCAUAGACAUGAUGGAUUUUCACCCUGGAGAAAAACUUUUAGCACAUGCUUCACAUCGGUGCACCAUGUCCACAGUUGGACUACGGUGCUGCAAUCUUGAGUAGAAACAGUCAGGCUGUGCCUGAGUUCAGUAUAUCAUGAUUUUGGAAUUGAGCCUUUUAUUUCUGUUUGCUUUUUCUUUCUACACUUAUGCGAUGUGGAUGUCAAUACAGGAAGACUCCCAUGGGCAAAGUUCUUCUCAAACAUAGGAAUGGUUUGGGCCACAUUUAGACUGUUGCUUCUCAUGUGUUAAAAAACCAUUUAUUAUGCCAUCGCCAUAUGCCAAAGGUAAAGACAUAAAGGCAUGGAGUUGUACUGCUACUCUAUUUUGAGCUAGUAUAAGCAAAAAAUUUCAAA